UAUCCGACUGAAGAAAUGAAGAUUGCACAAGAAAAUCAGUUUAAUUGUGAAUUUUUAUCGCAAGGUGACCAGAUGAUACAGGACUAUCUGGACUUUACUAAACUGGAAUCAACUAAUAUUUUCAAGAUUUUCAAAAUGUUAAUACAAAUAGAAGACCUACACACAAUGCUACCGUAUUGUCGUGUGUAUCUGGAAAACGUGGUAGUAACUUCGUGUGGCGGGUACUUAAAAUUCGACAUUAAUGUACCAACAAAUGUCAAUAUCGAUGAAAUACUCAAUCCCAUAAUGGAUGAGGUAGUAUUUGUGCCACUUAUGAGUCGAGCAAUAGCACAAAAUCAACUCAAUUAUCCAGUUGAUCUACUCAUACAUCAUCCACAUGAAUCGCUGACCACUGAUGUAGAACUUUUUCGAGAAGUAGGCUUACUGGAUAAACUCGAGGGACAAACGGCGUUUGUGGAAAGCUCAAAUCCACGUUUCAAUAUAACUAAAAGCUAUGACAUCAUAUUUCGAUCGAGGCGGGUACACUUUCGUUAUAUGCAUCGUGCGUUGGAACUCUUAGAUCAAGUACGUUGCGAGUAUCUUUUUCCUCAAAGGAACCCUUAUCGCCAGGAAGCGCCGAAGACAGUGAAGUUAUCACUGAUUAAUAAACAAAUUAGUGAAAAUCCAGAACAAUUGCAAGCUGUUGCACAAAUUGCUGGCGGUGCAAACCCUUAUGCGCCAUAUAUAGUUGUCGGACCGCCAGGUACCGGCAAAACGACCACAAUCGUAGAAGCCAUACUCCAGCUAUACAUUUCUCGUCCGAAUUGCCGUAUCUUAAUUACAGCAAGCACGAAUUCCGCAUGCGAUACAAUUGCAUUGAAGUUAUGUGAACAUUUUGAAAAAAAUCCUCGACUUAGAAAACUCACACUACAACGUAGUGGUACGAAUUUUAUGGGACGCCCCAAACCACCGACGGCCAUUUUGCGUGUCUUCUCGAAAUCACUAUUUAAGAAGGGCUUCAAAAAUAUAAAUCGCACACUUUUGGAACAUUCGAAUUUUUGCAAACGUUCUUAUAAUUCACCAUCUGUUGAAGUAUUACAAAAAUACAAUAUAAUUGUGGUGACCCUCUGUACUAUGGGCCGAUUGUGUACCGGCACCAUUGGCAAUUGGCCAUUUACUCAUCUAUUCAUAGAUGAGGCGGGCGCCACAGCGGAACCAGAAGCUUUGGUGGCCAUAACGAGUGUCAAUACGAAAAAUUGUCGUGUAAUAUUGUCGGGCGAUACAAAGCAAUUGGGGCCGGUGGUUAUGUCGCCGGUAGCCGCAGAGCUUGGUCUAAAAUACUCGCUAAUGGAGCGUUUGCUUAAUCGCGAUUGUUAUGCAAUUCAUGUUGAUGGUAGCUAUGAUCAUACUUUGCAGACACGUUUGCGUCGCAAUUACCGUUCACAUCCGGCAAUUGUAAAAUUAUAUAAUCAUCUAUAUUAUAGUGAUGAACUUUUGGCAAAAGUAAGCUUAGAAAAUUUAAUUAAAUGGAAAGAUUUGUCGAUUUUGGAUAAUGAAAAAUUCCCUAUAAUUUUUCAAGCUGUUCAUGGAAAACUUGGCAAAUCUAUAACAUCGUGUAGUUCUUUCAAUAAAUUAGAGGUGGAUGUAAUCAUUUGGACUAUAAAGCAAUUGCGUGCAAACGCAGUAGCCAAUUGUGCUCGUUUCGGUCCUGGAGAUAUUGGUGUUAUAUCACCAUAUAAACUGCAAUGUGCUCUUAUCAAAAAGCAAUUGCAUGAGCAAAAUAUAUCCGGCGUAGAAGUGGGCACAGUUGAAAUUUUCCAAGGCCGCGAAAAGCCCAUAAUCAUAGCAUCGUUUGUAAAAUCCUUCUGUAAUUUAGGGUUUACCGCCGAUCCGCAGCGUUUAAAUGUUGUCCUCUCACGUGCUCAAUCGCUGCUCAUACUCAUUGGUAAUCCUCAAACUUUACAACAGAAUAGCGAUUUUGAAUAUUUGAUUCAAGAGUGUUCAAGUAUAGGCAAUUUUAGACAAAAAGUCAUGACCCUAAAUAAUAAGCCAGUGAUUUCAACACCGAAUCCAACCAUCACAGACAAAUGA